AUGGAACCUUAUUCCGAUCAGGCCGCGUCCCGUGUAAUUGAGCCUGCGAGUCAGUUGGAUCCAUCGCAGCACGAGAUUGAGCUGAUGGAAAUGCUGGACCUUCCAUUGACUUUUGACCUACUAGACUACGUUGUCGAUUGUGUGGUCAGCGCGUUUUCGUGUACUAGUUGUUUUACUUCAGCGCAAUCGAGGAUCGAUACUGCUUCCCUUCUGGAUUUGGUUACUGUCCUUGCCUACCACCCAACGUUGGACGUGGACAUGUGCGUAAUUGUUGUCGCCCUGUCCUACGUGGACAAGUGGGGCCGCGAAUGGCAUGACGAAAGUCCGGGCCACUGGAGUUGCGAGACCGUGUUCCUCAUCGCUUUGCUGCUCGCUAUGAAGUACGUCAAGGAGCGGCGGCAGAAUCUAAACGUUUGGGCGAGUUGCCUGGAUUCUUUUGAAGCCAAGGACGUUGCGCGGACGGAGCGCGACUUCCUGCGGGUGAUAGCCUAUGAUCUCAGGAUCCGCGACGAGGAUCUUUUGGCGCAUCGCGACGCUGUGAUACAACGGUGCGCCAGCCCAGAUAUGUCGGCCUCGUCUUCUCUAUCUACGCUUCCCAUAUCGGUCGUAUCACUACCUAUCUCGAAAUCGAUGUUUGCUCUGCAGGACUUGGAAACGAUGAGCCCCGAUUGGGAUCCACUGUUCUUUGCUCGGACGACACCCUUGCCCGACUCACCUUCUAUCGAAACGCCCGAGUGGGCAAAGCAUGUCAUGACGGUGAGGUUGUGUGGACCCAGCGCGACUAUAACAGACGAUACGUGCUUGUACAACCGCCCGUUCGCCUCGCCCAAUACUUCACUCCAACUGGCGAUGCGGGCUAAGCACACCGUAGCGGGAUGUCGAUCACCGGAAUACACAAGCCUAUACACUCAAGAGCUUGUUUCUCCUGGUUCUCCUUGGCUACCACUGAGGACUGCGGGCGCCUUGACGAGUAAAAAUGACGCCGCCGAUCUGGCCUAUCCUGCAGUCACAGCCACUCGGAUUUAUGCCUGCAAUCUCGGUUCGCCUGAUUCACCGUCGCAGCAGGCUUUGAACUCUCGGAACUCACCAAGUACCUGGGAUACGAUUCCGCGCUCCCUUGCCAGGCUCCAUGUGUAG